UGCGUGUGUGAAAGAGGGUUGAAAACUUUCAACAUUUCUAUAAAUCUCUCCUCUUCUUCUUUCAUUCCGUCAUUACUGUUGCAUUUUGAUUUACCCAUAUUACCAGCACAAUGGAAUCCAGGAUAGGAGUUUAUCGUAGGCCUCAUGCUGUGGUCAUUCCAAUUCCAUUUCAAAGCCACAUAAAAGCAAUGCUUAAAUUGGCAAAACUACUUCAUCACAAAGGUUUUUACAUAACCUUCGUCAACACAGAAUUCAAUCACAACCUUUUCCUGAGGUCAAGAGGCCCUCGUUCUCUAGAUGGUUUGCCUGAUUUUCGUUUUGAAACCAUUCCAGAUGGGCUCCCUCCUUCAGAUGCUGAAGCCAUGACCCAAGAUGAAGCUUCUCUUUUCAACUCCAUUACCAAAAAUUUCCCGGCUUUCUUUCAACAUCUUCUUGCCAAACUCAGAAAGAAUAGCUUGUAUUCGAACUCUCCUUCGGUAACUUGUAUUGUUUCUGAUGGUUUCAUGUCGUCAUUCACCAUCAAAGCUGCUGAAGAAAUUGGAGUUCCUGUGGUCAUGUCUUUUACCAUGUCUGCCUGUGGCGUUAUGGCAUAUAAACAACUCAAUACUCUAAGGGUCAAAGGGUUAACUCCACUUAAAGAUGAAAGCUAUCUUCACACAACUAUUGACUGGAUUCCAGGUAUGAAAGACACAUGCCUAAUGGACUUUCCAUUUGCUCGCAAUACGAAUCCAGAUAACUAUGCAUUUAGAUUCUUGAUGGAUAGUGUUGAGGGUGCCGUUAGGGCUUCUGCAAUUAUUGUUCAUACAUUUGAUGCAUUAGAGCCAGAUGUUUUGGAUGGCCUGUCAUCCAUAUUUCCUCAUGUUUACGCCAUUGGCCCUUACCAGUUACUUCUUAAUCAAAUUCCUGAAGAUGGUUUAAAGUCUAUUGGCUACAGUUUGAGGAAAGAGGAUGGAGAUUGUCUCCAAUGGCUAGACACUAAGGAGCCCAAAUCGGUGGUUUAUGUGAAUUUCGGCAGUCUAAUAGUAAUAAAAGCAGAACAGCUAGUUGAGUUUGCAAUGGGACUGGCUAAUAGCAAGCAUCCAUUCCUUUGGAUAAUAAGGUCAGAUUUGGUUAUCGGUGAUGCUGCAAUUUUGGCAGCUGAAUUUGCAGGAAAAAAUCAAGAACAAUGUUAUAUUGCCAGUUGGUGUCAACAAGAAGAAGUACUAAAUCAUCCAUCAGUAGGGGUUUUUUUAACUCAUAGUGGUUGGAAUUCAACUAUUGAGAGCUUAGCUGCUGGAGUCCCAAUGAUUUGUUGGCCAUUCUUUGCAGACCAACCAAUGAAUUGUAGAUAUACUUGCAAGGAAUGGGGAAGUGGCAUGAAGAUUGAUGAUGUUGUAAAGAGGGAAGAAGUGGAGAAGCUUGUAAGAGAGGUAAUGGAAGGAGAGAAGGGUGUGAAGAUGAGGGAAAAGGCCAUGGACUGGAAAAAAUUAGCUGAAGAGGCAGCUGGACCAGAUGGUUCAUCAUCCAUUAGUUUGGAGAAGUUGGUCAAUGAAGUGCUUUUGUCAAACAAUUAGUUUCUGACUUCAGACGAAGCCGGAAGAGUCCGGGGGGAUAGUUAUCUAUCUUGCUAGACUUUACUCUAUAGAUGCGCGGCCGUCUUUCUGGAGCCUCGGCGGAGUUUUGCAAAUGGGCAAAAUGACAAAUGGUGUGUGUUUAGUUAGAGUAAACAAAAUUGCGUACGCCUAGUUUCAAAUCAAGCAAUGAGGAUUGUACGUAAAAGAUGACAGAACAUGUCUUGCUUGCUAGAUCAACAAUAACAGUGACAUAGUUGGAAAAGUCAGGGAGGAAUAGUCAUGUAUCUUGCUAGAUUCUAUUUGCUAUAGUAAAAGAAUAAAAAGAAGAGGAAUUUGAUUUU